CUGACCUGGUGGGAAAGGGUGGGUAGUGAACACAGGGUGAGCCCAAGCAGGGUCCAGGGCCGGCCUCGUGGCCGCAGGUAACCCCUCUGCAAGUCACCCAGAGACUUGGAGGUGACGUCCUCCCGCAGGCUGGGAAGGAUUCCGCAGCCAGUUCCUCGCCAUAAGGAGGUGGUUACAGACACGCCUGUGGGAGACAUGGGACCACUACUCGAGCUGAAUGAGGUGCCCAGGGUCGGUGGGAAUCCACAUAGACUGCUGUGUCUAGGAGAGUGUGUACACUCUAUAUAGAGAGAAUAUUUGAUGAGGCCGAGAACCCCAAAGGAAUUGUUUUUGCCAUCGAAAUGCAUAAGCUACAGGAAGUAAACAUCGCUCAAAGAAAAUGAAACCCAGGUUCCGACCUGGCCUCCACCAGCAGGAAAACUGUUGUAUGGAAAUGUACGCCAAGGAACUGUUUGUAAGGAUGAAAUGGAAAAUGAAAGCAUAGAAAAGUAAGGCAAUGUGAGGACCUCAGAAGCCUUUGGAUCUGGUUAGCAAGGUGCAGGCUGUGUGAACAGAAGAACCCACCUUGCUCUUUUGACCCAGGGAGAGAAGAGUUAGUGGGGCCAGGCUGCCUCCCAGGACAGGCCCAGUUUUGGGGCGGGGGCUGGAGAGGUCCCAGGGCAGACCCCAAGGCCAGGGAUUGCCCUGGAGUGGACAAGGCAAGUUUAAAUGUGACCUGUAGAGAGAGGACGAUCAUUGAUUUAAGUCCUGGCAUAAUUCAUCUGUUUUUCCACUGGGCCAAUUUUAGGCGUUCUUUAUAUAUUACGUACAACACAAUAAAAGUAACAGCUUCUUUUUUUAUAAACUAACCUUUAGUUUGCAUAUUAUGCUAGGAAUAUAACUAACCUAACCUCCACCCCCCCACCCCCCUACCCAACCCCGGAAAACCAAACUUUAUUCUCGAGGGCAACUGGACACUGUAUUAUGUCCUGCCGAACCCCCGCCCUUACUUAGGUAGAGGCGCGUAAGUAUUCUGGCCAUGAAAUACACCUUCUGUUUUAUAGAGAUUUGGCAUAUUUGAUAUAUGUUCUUUGGAAUUUAUGAAACAGAAAACCCAAAGGAAAAAGAAAAAAAUUAAACUUUUUUUAAAAAAAAUAUUUCAUUUAGAAAGAAAAAAUUAUUUUAAAAGUUUUUGUUAUUUCCACUUUGACAUAUGUAUGAGGAGUAUUAGAAUCUGUGUUAUGAAGUGAUACCCAGAUGGCUUUGCAGUGACAGAAAACACUUCUAAUUUUUCAAAUAAGUUAGAAAAGAGGAUUUUGAGAAUCUGGAAGUGAAUGCCGUGGAACUGUGGAGAAACUCCUAACAAUACUGGCAUGCUGAGUUUGUCACCUACACAGCAGAAAGCAUUUUACAGGUGUGGCUUUGAUAGCUGGUGGUGCCGCUUCCUGGCCUUGGAUGAGCUGUACUCCUCUGUAAACCCAACUUCCUCACCUUUGAAACAGCUGCCUGGUUCAGCGUUAAUGAAGAUUAGUCAGUGACAGGCCUGGUGUGCUGAGUCCGCACAUAGAACUUCUGCAAUGUCCCAUCAACCUCUCAGCUGCCUCACUGAAAAGGAGGACAGCCCCAGUGAAAGCACAGGAAAUGGACCCCCCCACCUGGCCCACCCAAACCUGGACACGUUCACCCCGGAGGAGCUGCUGCAGCAGAUGAAAGAGCUCCUGACCGAGAACCACCAGCUGAAAGAAGCCAUGAAGCUAAAUAAUCAAGCCAUGAAAGGGAGAUUUGAGGAGCUUUCGGCCUGGACGGAGAAACAGAAGGAAGAACGCCAGUUUUUUGAGAUACAGAGCAAAGAAGCGAAAGAGCGUCUAAUGGCCUUGAGUCAUGAGAAUGAGAAAUUGAAGGAAGAGCUUGGAAAACUAAAAGGGAAAUCAGAAAGGUCAUCUGAGGACCCCACUGAUGACUCCAGGCUUCCCAGGGCAGAAGCGGAGCAGGAAAAGGACCAGCUCAGGACCCAGGUGGUGAGGCUACAAGCAGAGAAGGCAGACCUGUUGGGCAUCGUGUCUGAACUGCAGCUCAAGCUGAACUCCAGCGGCUCCUCAGAAGAUUCCUUUGUUGAAAUUAGGAUGGCUGAAGGAGAAGCAGAAGGGUCAGUAAAAGAAAUCAAGCAUAGUCCUGGGCCCACGAGAACAGUCUCCACUGGCACGGCAUUGUCUAAAUAUAGAAGCAGAUCUGCAGAGGGGGCCAAGAAUUACUUGGAACAUGAGGAGUUAACUGUGAGCCAGCUCCUGCUGUGCCUAAGGGAAGGGAAUCAGAAGGUGGAGAGACUUGAAGUUGCACUCAAGGAGGCCAAAGAAAGAGUUUCAGAUUUUGAAAAGAAAACAAGUAAUCGUUCUGAGAUUGAAACCCAAACAGAGGGGAGCACAGAGAAAGAGAAUGAUGAAGAGAAAGGCCCGGAGACUGUUGGAAGCGAAGUGGAAGCACUGAACCUCCAGGUGACAUCUCUGUUUAAGGAGCUUCAAGAGGCUCAUACAAAACUCAGCGAAGCUGAGCUAAUGAAGAAGAGACUUCAAGAAAAGUGUCAGGCCCUUGAAAGGAAAAAUUCUGCAAUUCCAUCAGAGUUGAAUGAAAAGCAAGAGCUUGUUUAUACUAACAAAAAGUUAGAGCUACAAGUGGAAAGCAUGCUAUCAGAAAUCAAAAUGGAACAGGCUAAAACAGAGGAUGAAAAGUCCAAAUUAACUGUGCUACAGAUGACACACAACAAGCUUCUUCAAGAACAUAAUAAUGCAUUGAAAACAAUUGAGGAACUAACAAGAAAAGAGUCAGAAAAAGUGGACAGGGCAGUGCUGAAGGAACUGAGUGAAAAACUGGAACUGGCAGAGAAGGCUCUGGCUUCCAAACAGCUGCAAAUGGAUGAAAUGAAGCAAACCAUUGCCAAGCAGGAGGAGGACCUGGAAACCAUGACCAUCCUCAGGGCUCAGAUGGAAGUUUACUGUUCUGAUUUUCAUGCUGAAAGAGCAGCGAGAGAGAAAAUUCACGAGGAAAAGGAGCAACUGGCAUUGCAGCUGGCAGUUCUGCUGAAAGAGAAUGAUGCUUUCGAAGACGGAGGCAGGCAGUCCUUGAUGGAGAUGCAGAGUCGUCAUGGGGCGAGAACAAGUGACUCUGACCAGCAGGCCUACCUUGUUCAAAGAGGAGCUGAGGACAGGGACUGGCGGCAACAGCGGAAUAUUCCGAUUCAUUCCUGCCCCAAGUGUGGAGAGGUUCUGCCUGACAUAGACACGUUACAGAUUCACGUGAUGGAUUGCAUCAUUUAAGUGUUGAUGUGUCACCUCCCCAAAACUGUUGGUAAAUGUCAGAUUUUUUCCUCCAAGAGUUGUCCUUUUGUGUUAUUUGUUUUCACUCAAAUAUUUUGCCUCAUUAUUCUUGUUUUAAAAGAAAGAAAACAGGCCGGGCACAGUGGCUCAUGCCUGUAAUCCCAGCACUUUGGGAGGUCAAGGUGGGUGGAUCACUUGGGGUCAGGGUUUGAGACCAGCCUGGCCAACAUGGCGGAACCCUGUCUCUACCAAAAUUACAAAAAUUAGCCGAGCGUGGUGGCGCAUGCCUGUAGUCGCAGCUACUCGCGAGGUUGAGGCAGGAGAAUUGCUUGAACCCAGGAAGUGGCAGCUGCAGUGAGCCGAGACGACACCACUGCACUCCAGCCUGGGUGACAGAGCGAGACUCUGUCUCAAAAGAAAGAAAGAAAAAAGGAAGGAAGGAAGGAAGGAGAAGGAAGGAAGGAGAAGAAAAGGUACCUGUUCUACGUAGAACACCUUUGGUGGAGUUCCACCAACUCGCAAAGUAGAAUCCUUACCUACUACUCUUCUGAUAAUAAUUUUAGUAUUUUUUAUGUUUGGUUGAUGCGAGCAGCUGCACUGCUCAUGCAGUUAGCUAGCAUGUGACAUCAUGUGACAAAGUUCAUGUAAUUAGAUGGAAGAAACCUCACUGAUUAAUUUUAAGAACCUUUUAGGGAUGCAGGAACAAUGAAGUGGCCACAGUAUGUGCUGUUUUUGAAGCAUUUUAAAAAAUGAACUAUAGUUGUUUUUCUUCAUUUAAAAUGGAUCUGUUGGAGGUUAUGUGUGUAUGUUGUAGUUUUAUUGCAGCCACAAUAAUUGUACCAAAGUUUUCACAUAGGCACAGUUAGCCUUUACUUAAUAUCAAGACAAGUGAAAAAAUAUUGGCAUCGAUGAAACCGAUAACAUUGGCCUCAUUGGAUUUCUUUACCCACUCACAGUGUAAAGAAGUUACCUUCAUUCUUUCAUUGUACCUGCAGGCCUGUGGGCUUGUACAGUAGAUAAUUAAUUUCUAAAAAGAACAGCUGCCUAUUUUCUUCCUAGGUUAGGUUAUAUCUUCAUAAUCACAAGAAUUAGUGAUUGCAAAAUAAAAUUUUGCUUAUGAAUCUUUUACAUUGUUUAUAUAUGAUUAAUAUCAUCAUAUAUAUUUUCUGUAUUAAGCUCAUUUGGCUUCAUUUAAGCUGUAUACUUAGUCAUAUAUCUUUCAUUAGUUCUAUGAAUAUGAGCAGAUCCCUUUACUGGAGCCCAGUAUGUGCUGUUUGAGUUAGAAGUCAUUUUUGCUGAGAAGGUGAAUAGGUAGGGAUUUGCCUUGUUUUGUAAGUCUACAAUUUGCCAAGAGUAAAUAACACUGGACCAGCUGUAAAAGUAAACAGUGUGUUUAUGCAUUGAGAUAGUAAAGCAUUUAAGAAAAAAUUAAAA